AUGAGCCAGAAUCCACGAACCCACGAUGACUACACCAUGGGGUGGGUGUGUGUUACCCUGGAAGAGCAAAUCACAGCAAGAAUAAUGCUGGAUAACGAGCAUGAGGACCUCCAGGCUUCUCCAGGUGACGAUAACAUCUACAUUCUGGGCCAAAUGGGCAAGCACAAUGUCGCCAUCGUGCGGCCACCCACUCCUCAGGGCCUCUCUAAGGACAUCCUGCUGGGAGAUGUGGUGGUGAGCGAACCGAAAGGAAAGCAUUCGGGUGUCCUGCAAUAUGAUAUGGUCAAGAGAUUCGAGGACAGAUGCGAUAGUGCAUCACAUUUGGACAAGCCACCUCAAGUACUCACGUCGGCGGCGCAGAAACUAGCAUGUGACCACGCGAUGAAUAAAGGGGAAUGGAAGGACUAUAUCCACGACUCGCUACAAAAGUUGCAGAGUUUUGGAAUUGCGAAGUAUUCCUUUCCCGGUCGGCAGCAGGAUUUGCUUUAUCGAUCGGGUUAUCAUCAUCUCAAGGACCGCGAAGACUGUAGCGCCUGUGAUCCCGGACAGAUCGUCCCUCGAUCGCUGCGUGAUGAACCCCACGUGCAUUAUGGGCUAAUUGCCAGCGGGAAUACUUUGGUAAGAUCGGCAAUGUUUCGGGAUCAGAUGGCAAAGGAGCAGGAAGUAUUAUGUUUCGAGAUGGAAGCGGCCGGCCUCAUGAACGGGUUCCCUUGCAUCGUGAUACGGGGCAUUUGCGAUUAUGCAGACAGCCAUAAGAACGACCUUUGGCAGCCCUAUGCGUCAGUGACGGCAGCCGCGUAUGCCAAAGACCUUCUGCGAUUGAUCCAGCCACAGGAGGUGCACCGGGUAGAGCUAGCUGCAAGUCUUAUGCUGAGAUGUAGGUCGCUUGAAUAA